AUGUAUGCUAUUCUAGCAACCAUCACCCCUAAGGCCGGGUCUUUGCAGAAAGUCACCGAUCUUGUCAAAGCUAUCGGGAAGUACGCAGAAGACCAUGAACCAGAAUGCGUUGAAUUUCGGCUCUGCAUGGAAGUGGACCCGGAGGGAAUUGAAGCAAUCCAUACCAUAGAGAAAUUCAAUACCCUCAGUGGCCUACGCACCCAUCAAACUACGCCUGCAUUGGCUGAUUUCUACAAUAUUACCGCUGAUCAAGAUCUUUUGGAGAAAGAAACCGUAGUUAGGAUUGUGAAGGGUGUGUAUGGAUAUCAUGUCUAA